AUGACCAGCACCAACACAAGCGCCAGCUUGAUCAAGCGCCUACAAUCCGAACUCAUGUCCCUCAUGAUGAGCCCAACUCCCGGCAUCAGCGCCUUCCCCUCCGGCGCCGACAUGACCAAGUGGAACGCCACGAUGGAGGGACCCACCGAAACACCCUACGAAGGCCUCACCCUCAAGCUCAAAAUCUCCUUUCCGUCCAACUACCCGAUGUCGCCACCUCAGAUCCUCUUCCGCACGCCAAUCUACCACCCGAAUGUCGACAUGAGCGGGCGUAUCUGUUUGGAUAUCUUGAAAGAGGCGGGACCGGCGGAGGGUGCUUGGAGUGCUGCUCUGCCCACUAGCAGUGUGUUGUUGAGUAUUCAGAGUUUGCUGGGGGAGCCGAACAACUCCUCGCCUCUCAACGGUGAAGCUGCUCUCAUGUGGGACCGUGACAUGGUGGAGUUCAAGCGCAAGGUUCUGGCUCGUCACGUCGUGCCGGAGCUGUUGGAGGAGGAGGAGUAG